AUGAUUCACACAGCGCUACGAAGGCCACUAGGUUUUGGUCUUCAGAGGGCUUCACAUCGAGGUCUACAAUCGACACAACGGAUCUUGUCGACCCCCAAGACAGCAGCUACCCAGGACAAAAAGAUCAAUCUAGACAAAGAAAAGCAUAUCAAAUGGGUAUACGAUAGAAUCGAUAAAAUCCCGCUAGAAAAUUAUAGAAACUUCAGUAUUGUUGCUCAUGUCGAUCAUGGUAAAUCGACGCUUUCAGACAGACUACUAGAGCUUACUGGGGUUAUUGAAGCAGGCUCCAACAAGCAGGUUCUCGAUAAGCUAGAUGUUGAGAGAGAACGAGGCAUCACCGUGAAAGCACAAACAUGUAUGAUGUUUUACCAGGACCCAAAGACGAAAGAAGACUAUUUAUUGCAUUUGGUUGAUACUCCUGGGCAUGUGGAUUUUCGUGCAGAAGUAUCUAGGUCUUAUGCAUCUUGUGGUGGUGCUCUCUUGAUCGUUGAUGCAUCUCAGGGUGUCCAGGCCCAAACAGUUGCUAAUUUCUAUUUGGCAUACAGCAUGGGAUUGAAGUUGAUCCCUGUAAUCAACAAAAUCGACUUAGAUGCCGCUGAUAUUCCUCGUGCGAUGGACCAGGUCGAAACCACAUUCGAAUUGGACAGAAACGAUUGCAUUCCAGUCAGUGCAAAAACAGGACUCAAUGUCGGCAAUAUUCUAGAAUCGAUUGUUAAAGAUAUCCCUCCACCAGAUGGAAAUCCAGAAGGAAAGCUUAGAGGUCUUCUUGUUGACUCAUGGCAUGAUCCAUACGUUGGAGUGGUAAUGCUUAUGUACGUCAAGGAUGGCUGCAUCAAAAAAGGCAUGAAAUUACUCUCAGCACACACAAACAAAAAGUACGAUGUCAAGGAGGUUGGUGUCAUGUACCCAGACAAGCUUCCAAUGAGCCAGGUGGGUGCUGGACAAGUUGCAUACAUUAUCCCAGGUAUGCGUAAUCCACGAGAGGCCAUGAUUGGAGACACAUUCUUCCAAAGCGGUAACCACGAGGGACUUGAGCCACUUCCAGGCUUUGAAGAACCUCAGCCCAUGGUUUUCGUGGGUGCUUUUCCUGCUGAUGGUGGUGAGUUCAAGCUGAUGAACGACCAUAUCGAGCAUCUCGUCCUCAAUGACAGAUCUGUCACUUUGCAAAAGGAGACUUCCAAUGCAUUAGGUCUUGGCUGGAGACUAGGAUUCUUGGGAUCCCUUCAUGCGUCCGUUUUCCAGGAGAGACUAGAAAAGGAGUAUGGGGCUAAAAUUAUUUUGACAGCUCCUACAGUGCCGUACAAAAUUGUCUACAGAGAUGGAACAGAAAAGAUUAUAUCCAAUCCAUCUGACUUCCCAGGAGUCGAGAAGAAGCAUCAAAAUGUUGAGAAGAUCCAAGAACCUUUUGUUACUGCUAUCAUGACUAUUCCUGAUGAAUAUGUUGGAACCGUCAUGUCCUUAUGUGAAAAUUCCAGAGGUAUCCAGAAGGAGCUUGAAUAUUUGCAGACUGGACAGGUGCUUCUCAAAUAUGAUAUUCCUUUGGCUCAGCUAGUGGAAGACUUCUUUGGGAAACUCAAGGGUCUUACAAAAGGAUAUGCGUCGUUGGACUACGAGGACGCUGGCUAUGAAACAUCUGAUGUGGCCAAAUUGGAGUUAUGUGUGAACGGUGAACCACAAGAUGCGUUAACUCAAAUUGUUCAUAAGUCGCAGGCGCAGUCAAGAGGUAAGGACUAUGUCGCUCGUUUCAAGGAGUUUUUGAAAUCACAACUUUUCGAAGUUGCAAUUCAAGCUAAGGUCCUGAACAAGGUUGUGGCAAGGGAGACUAUUAAAGCUAAAAGAAAGGAUGUUACUCAGAGAUUGCAUGCUGCAGAUAUCUCGAGAAGAAAGAAGUUGUUGGAGAGACAGAAGGAGGGAAAGAAACAAAUGAAAUCAACAGGCCGUGUACAUAUCAAUAACGAAGCAUAUCAGGCAUUCUUGCGUCGUUAA